AUGGCCAUUUCUGGCGAGUUUUUUCUGUUCGGCUUCGCCUUCACCCUCGCCUUGAUUUCUUUCUCCAUUUGUAAAAUAAAAAAACCAAAUAAAAAACCGACCUCGUCGGUUCUUCCCACCAACUGGCCGGUGGUCGGCAUGCUCCCCGCACUCCUCCGCAACAGCCACCGCAUCCACGCCUACGUCACCGACGUCCUCUCCGAAUCCGGCGGAACCUUCGAGAUCAAGUUCCCCCGCUUCCUCUCCCCGGACAUGCUCGCCACCUGCGACCCCGCCAACAUCCACCACAUCUUCAGCCGCAACUUCUCCAACUACCCCAAAGGCCCCGAAUUCCGCAAGAUCUUCGAAAUCCUCGGCGACGGCAUUUUCAACGCCGAUUUCGAGCUCUGGGAGCUCCACCGCAAGACGACCCUGUCCUUCUUCACGCACCCCAGUUUCCACGGCCUCCUCGAAAAAUCCGUCUGGGAAAAUGUCGAAAACGCCCUUUUACCCGUCCUCGACUCUUUCGCCGCUCGGGCCGCGAGUUUCGACCUGCAGGACGUUUUCCAGAGGUUCACUUUCGACAGCAUAUGUAAAAUCGUGCUCGACCACGACCCGCGCAGCCUCCUGAUGUUCGCCGGCCGGGACACGACGAGCACGUGCCUCACGUGGCUCUUCUGGCUCGUAAGCCGAAACCCGUCGGUCGAGGCCAGGAUCUUGGAGGAAAUCGAGCAGGGAGGCUGCAGUUCGAGACGUUUCGGAGCAGAGGAGUCGAAGAAGCUGGUGUAUCUUCACGGAGCUCUGUGCGAGUCGCUGAGGUUGUUCCCUCCGGUUGCUCUGGAGCACAAGGCUCCGGCCGGGCCGGAUUUUCUCCCGAGCGGUCAUUAUGUGGAGACAAAUACGAAGGUGAUUAUUUCGUUUUACUCGACGGGGAGGAUGAAGGGCGUGUGGGGUGAGGAUUUCAUGGAGUUUAAGCCGGAGAGGUGGGUUUCGGGGAAGGGAGGUGUGAAUCACGUGCCGUCGUAUAGGUUCCCGGCGUUCAAUGCGGGGCCAAGGACGUGUUUGGGUAAGGAGAUGGCGUUUGUUCAGAUGAAGAUGGUGGCGGCCGCCAUACUGUGGCGUUACAAGGUGCGGGUGGUGGAGGGGCACGCGGUGGUACCACGUGACUCGAUUAUACUGCAGGCGAGGGACGGGUUGAGGGUCCAGCUGUCGAGGAGGAGGAGGAUUAAUGUGUGA